CGGAAGUCUGACGUGCCGAGUGCCAACAGAGUAUCUUUGGCAUCACACAGCAUCGAGCGUGAGAUUCCUACUCACCGACCCUGGCGUCAGCAACUAGUUUCCGUUCCUCUGUCUUGUUUGGGGGCGGGACGAUCAUGCAUAAGAAGAUCGUUUCGUCCCGCCAUUGAAACGAAACAUCUUCAUUCAGCAUCACAUCACAACAACACACUCACACUUACACCCACCUCAUCCAUCUCACACAACAACAACCAACAACCUUCAAAAUGCAGUUCUCCGCCGCCGCUAUUUCCGCCAUCUUGGCUUUCACCUCAUUCGCCUCAGCUGCCCCCUCCAGACGAGGCGGUUACCCUCAAGAGCUCAGCUUGACUGCUCAGCUCCAGCUUGCCGACACUGCUGUCGACCGCUUUGCCCUCCUCAAGGAUGACGAGUUCGUCUUCGACUUCAACCAGGAGCAGCCCAACCCUGGCAAGGGUGGCCAGCUGGUUGCCGCCAACCGCAAGACCUUCCCUGCUCUUGUCGGUACUGGCGCCGGUAUGGCCUUCGGCCGCGUCGAUGCCUGCGGCAUGAACACUCUCCACGUUCACCCCCGCUCUGCCGAGCUCCAGAUCGUCACCUCCGGCCGCCUCAUCACCGAGAUGGUCCCCGAGAACGGUGUCAACAACCAGGACGGCAGCCGCCGCGUUAUCCGCACCGAGCUUGGUCCCAACAUGAUGACUCCCUUCUACCAGGGCUCCGUCCACACCCAAUUCAACCCCGACUGCCACCCCGCCACCUUUGUCGCCGCCUUUGCCUCUGAGGACUUCGGCGCCGGCCAGGUCCAGGACGAGACCUUCGCUCUCAGCGACGACGUUAUCGCCGCCACCUUCGGUCAGAGCAUCGCCGGCGAGGACAUCGAUCUUGUCCGCCAGGCUAUCCCCAAGAGCAUCGCUCUGGGCGUCGACGAGUGCCUCAAGAAGUGUGGCAUCACCAAGCGCGCCAUCUAAGAUAGUCGAGUGAUCUUUCUUUCUAUUUUCUGUUCACUAUAGAUCUGCAUCAACACGGCGCUGGGGUUUGCAUACAGCAUAGCGUGCAUAGCAUCGGAAAAUCAGCUGGUCUUCAGCGUACAUAGUUUUGAUUUUGGUUGUUUUACUUGUUUUGGUAUUUUAGCAUUAGAAACUCCAUUGCAUAUUGCAUGGCACAUCGCAUAUAGAUAUUUAUAGACUCGGCUCUCGCCUUCAACUUAACACUGCCUUCAUG